AUGGGGUCUGGAGUGCCUUUGCCUGGUACAAUGCGGCCUGGAGUGCCUUUGCCUGGUACAAUGCGGCCUGGAGUGCCUUUGCCUGGUGCAAUGGGCCCUGGAGCGGCCAACCUUGGAAUGCCUUUCUUGCCUGGUACAAUGGGCCCUGGAGCGGCCGGGCUUGGACGGCCGGGUUUGGAGUGCCUUUGGUGCCUGGUACAAUGGGCCCUGGAGCGGCCGGGCUUGGAGUGCCCUUUCCUGGUUUUCCGCCAAUGCCAGCAGCACCUGCUUUUCCGCCAGUGCCAGCACCUGCAUUUCCGCCAGCAGCACCUGUUUUUCCGCCUUUGGUGCCGCCGCCUAUCCAGUUGCCUCCUGGGUUUGUCUGGCGGGCAGUGGCAACUGGAGAUGGAAGCCGCUAACAGGACGGAUGCUGGUGACACCACGGAGCCGGAGGAUGGCAGCGAGACAAAGACCAUCAUCCCUACGAGUCCUGUCAAGAAGAAACCAUCUUUUGUUUUGCUGGACCACUCGCCGGUGUCGCCAGCAGAUCUGGAUGGUGCAGGGGCGGCACCGAGCAGCCCGAGGCCCAGGGUGGUGAAAGAGGAGGAGGAGGAUCUGCAAAGGCCUCCGUCUGUGGAGGUGGAGGCCAUCAGCAGAAGAAGACUUUCCGAGAAGACUGAUCCAGCCAUGGCUGUUAAGGGUAGUGGUUCCCUGAAGAGAAAGGGAGCUCAGCUUGACCUCGACGGCGAACCGUUGACGGAAGCAGAGGCCGCCCCAGAACAGGAGCAGGAGGCACAGGAGAAGGAGGAGCAGAAGAGCCCCAAGCCAAAGAGCCCAGCCAAGCCCAAGAGCAAGAGCAAGCCGAGCAAGCCGCAGACCUCCCCCAAAGCAAAGGCGAAGGGAAAGGCCAAAGCAAAAGCAAAAGGCGAGAGCAAGCCCCCAGCAAAAACACCCAAGGCCAAGAGCACAGCCAAAGCUACCCCCCAGCCGAAGGCCAAGAAAACUAAGCCGGGGAAGCAGCUCAAGGAGGGGGACAACAACAACAAGAACGUGACCAGACAGGAAAGCUUCGCUGACAAGGCUUUGCAGUGGAAGCUUGCAGCCGAGGACAAAGCCGAGGCCCAGGAGAAGCCUAAGGAGGAGCCCGAGGCAGAGGAGCAGGACGGCGACGAGGAGGACAACCAGGGCGGCGAAAAGAGGGACCUCGCCAAGGCCAGGAAAUUCAAGAGAAUGUCCGAUGCCGGUGCAAUCCCGGAACACAUUCAGGAGGUUCUGAGCAAAGCGAAGACCCGUGCUGCCAAGACGGAGCUGAUCAACGAGCUGUUCGACAAGAACGACAAAGGCAAGCUGAUCAUGAAAUCGGACAAGCCCGUGUUCGAGACCACGAAGCAGGCCAAGCAUCAGAAGUUUGGUCGAGAUGAAACCAUGGGGGCACCAAAGGAUGUGGUUUUGCACCGGGACUACCAUGGCGAUGAAAAGGCUUUGGAUGCUUCCAUUGCAAGGGGCACGGUGAUGGUGUGGCUGCAGGAUGGGGUAGAGUUCGCGGGCUAUCGGCAAACCGUUGCCGGGAUUGGCAAGACGGUGGAGGACAAGCACCAAGCGAAGAGUGGUGCCAAGGAGAUCACCGACGAGACCUUUCAGGCCCUCGACAAGGCCUUCCGAGCCAUGACCUUUUCGUUUGAUCAAGAUGACCAGCCCCGCCAGGCUAUCGCAGCAGAGGCAGCAAGCUCGAAGGAGCCCCCCGUCCUCAAGCAGUUCACGGAGUCCCAGCAAGCUUUGCUGGAGGAGGCCAAAGGAGCGAUGGAGCGGCUUCAUAGUGCUGCUAUGAGGAUGAUUUCAAAAUGCUCGCAAGCGAAGGACAAGGAGAGCUUCAAGCCGCACAUGCUUGCUAUGAAAUCAUGGAUGGACAGGGACGACCACCUGUUGCUAUGGAAAGAGUUCCCAGACUCAGAGCGGCCCCUCACCGCUGCAACCUUCAAGGACUACAUGUGUGAGCAUUCCGAAACGGCGGUUUCCUUGAACGAGGAGCGCGAGAAAUUCAAAGCCCUUUUGAAAGCAAGGUCCUUCGAUGCCGAGCAUACCCUGCCUUUACAGCUACACGGGGACGGCACCCCUGUGGUGGGGAUAGGGAAAAUCUGGAGCAGGCAGCUGACCUCCUACACGUGGAACAGCCUGCUGGCGGUAUCCCGCCGGUACCGUGGAAGCCCGUCGAGCCGGGACGCCGCUGGCGAAUGGUGCAGAGGCGACAAUUCCGAUUCGAGCUGGCAUGAUUGCCGAACAAGUGCUCGGUGGCUCACGUUGGGAUGGACAAGGGAAUCAUGGUUGGCAUACCCGGAGCGAUCAUCGAGUGCCAUCUUCUCCAAUGCCACUGGUCUCACCCCAUUGAACGUGCACUACGAUUACAUGCACUGCAAGUAUUUGGGGGCAGACCAGAUCAGCUUCGGGUCGGUCCUUGAUUUGUUGGUGAGUCACCUCAUGGCAGACUCACCACUAACAAAUCUGGGACAAUGCUGGGACAAAAUCGUUACCUCGUACAAGAGACUGGGAAUCUCCGAGAGGUAUAGAGGCUUCCGCAAGCUGACAAUGUUCCAGAGGAAAAAAAAAUGCCCCAAGCUGAAAGGCAGGGCGGGCCAGAUUGCUGCUUUUGGCGAGCCCCUGUUGGAACUUUGGGAGGAGCACAUGCAUCCUGAUCUUGCUGUGCACUGCAAGAUCAGGACGUACUUGCGACUGAACAUCGCCAUGGAGAAGAUCAUGAAGGAGUGCCGAGCCGAGACUGCUUUCCCGGAGCCCCAGGCGACCAACUUCAUCGAAUAUGCCUUCGCUAUGUGCAAUCUUCAUAUGGAGUUGGGGGCACACUUCGAGGCCGAAGGCCUCAAGCUUUUCAGCCCUUUACCCAAGCUGCAUCUGCUUUUGCACACGGUUUUGCUUUGCCGCCACAUCAACCCGAGACUCACUUGGUGCUACAAAGGCGAGGACCUUCAAAAGGUCAGCAGGAGUUUGGCCGCCAGCUGUGCCCGAGGACUCAGAGGACCGGCGGUGACGGUGAAAAUGGUGAGCAAGCUCAGGGCGGCUUGGAACCUGAGGCUGAGCAAAGUCUCUGCAGACUGA